CCUUUCAAGCUCAGUGAAGCAGGAAGCAGAAAGCAGAAAUUUUUGAAAGGAACCCUAAGAAUCAUUCCUUUUAUCACUUCUAGAGCUUUUGGAAGAACCCCAUUGACAAUCAUGAAUGGAACGAAACGCUUCGGCGCAUCCGACUCGAGCCCCGACGCGAACGAGACGGCCUUCAGGAAUAAAAGAGUAAUGGCAGGAUCUACCUUUGAUGUACCCAGGGCUGAAUCGUCUCAGUGGUUGGCGGCAACAGCUCCGUUGGAUAUGCAACGGGCUAACUCAUCUUGGCAGCAUGUGAGAGCUCUCAAUACCCAGUUUGCAAGUUGGGUGCAAGAACAAAUGAAGAACCACCCGGAUGAACUUUGGGAAGAUGGUGUUCGGGACUACCUAACUCAUGCCUCAAACAUUAUGGACAAGUUCAGUGAUGUUGUCAAGUGGCUCAAAGCUAACACAGCGAAAGGAAAUAGCUUGUUCACUGUAGAAUCUCAAAAUAGUGAAAAUAAAGUGGUGUUUGAUACCAACAAUGGGGACAUAAAGUUAUCUCAAGAGAAAACUGGGUUUAUUCCAUCAGGCACCACUACAAGGUUUGCAACAUCAUGGAGUUCUGGAGUAUUCUCAAGUAGUCAAACCUCUGGGUUUACUUCAGUGAGCACAACAGUGCCUGUCUCAAGUUCCCUGAGCUCUGGAGUAUUUUCAAACGGUCAAACUCCUGGAUCUACUUCAACAGGCAUGGCUACAAACUUUGCAAAUUCAUUUAGUUCGAAAACAUUUUCAAACAGUCAAGCCCAUGGAUCUAAUCCAGCAGGCACAACCACAACCUUUGCAACUUCAUCAAGUUCUCAAGUAUUUUCAAACAGUCAAACUCCUGGGUUUACACCAGCUGGUACAACUGCAAGCUUUUUGAAUUCAUGGAGCUCUGGAGGAUUCCCAAACAUUCAAAAGCCUGUUUCAUUUGGUGGAAAUCAAAGUCUAGUCACCGUUGCUCAAAGUCCCAUUCCAACUAACCGUGACGCUUCAGAUGAUGUGGAUGGCGAAAAUGAAUUGGACCAGCCUAGCAGUCCAUCUGUUAAAAAGUCUGAAGAGAAGGGUAUAGUUGUAGUUCAUGAAGUCAAGUGCAAGCUUUAUGUGAAGUCAAGUGAUCCAGCAGAUAAAGAUGCAUGGAAAGAUAAAGGCACGGGGAAGCUUUCCAUUAAAUGCAAAGAGGGUAUCGACAAGGGUACAAAAGAAUCUAAACCAACGAUUGUUGUUAGAAAUGAUGUUGGGAGACUGCUGCUUAAUGCACUGAUAUAUCCUGGCAUCAAGACAAAUUUACAGAAGAACUCCCUUGUUGCAAUAUUCCAUACCUCGGGUGAUGGUGGUGAUGGAAAUAAUGGUAGCAACAACAAUAAUGUUGUGGCACGUACCUUCUUAAUUAGGACAAAAACAGAGGAAGAUCGAAAUAAGCUGGCCACAGCCAUUCAAGACUAUGCUCCAGCAUCUUGAAAAUAACUAUAAGCAACGUCUUAUUGUAUUAACUAUUACAUCGAGCUUCAACAUUGUAAUGAUGUUGCAGGUGACACUCUUUUUUCCCCACAAUAUCCUUUUAUAGAUUUUCAUCCAAUUACUUGUGUUGGGGCUCCAUGACCCCACAGGGUUUUUUUUUUUUUUUUUCCUGAUUAGUCUAAAAAAUAAAUGUAUCUAGUCAGAGGCCACUGCACUGUACCAGAAGAGGAAUGAAAGUGAUUAUGUUUUGCUGUGAAAUUGGAAUAUGAUCUCUUUGUGCCCCAUAUAUUAUCCUUUUGUGUAAAUAAUAACAUCAUUGUUGUCCAUUCA